UUUCUUAUAUAUUUACAUCCUUCGUUACUUUGUUUUUCAUAAGCCCGUGUGAUGCGCGUGACCGUGUGCUUUUUAUUCUGCACAUAUUAUCAUUUCUUUUAUAUUAAUUAACAAACAAGUCAAACGGGUGAAACAAUUUUGUGUAAUAACUAUCAACGAUAUUAUUCUUUGAAGACCGAAAUAUCGUGGAAACUGAAGGUAAGUUAUUUGCACAAUUUUUUAUUUCAUCAAAGUUAGUCUCAAUAUUCGGUCAAGUUUGCAUUAAGAUCAGAAUUCAUAGUUGAAUGUUAAUAAAUAAGGCGUUCUUUAUUUCUAUACAUAACAAUAGGAAUAAGUAUCUCAAGGCUUGAAUAUUUUUUCCGUUGUUUAGAUGAGUGAGGACGAAGACUAUUUGCACAAAUAUCAGUUAGUACAAUUUAUAAGGAAAGGUCCAAAGUCUGGAAAAAAAGAAAUUGACGUGGUACCGUCGAAAUGGAUCUCAUGGGACCAAAAGCGACUUAAACUCACGACAAAAUUUAUGCCAGGACCGUACGAUGAAAAUACUUCGAAACUUUUACAGGAUUUUGUAAAUCAUUGUUUUGAUGCACCAGAAUCUUGGCCUACUUAUACGGUUAAGAUCGUUGGCGAAGCAAAGCAAUACGAUGAAGCUUUAAUGAAACUGGACGAACUUUCAGCCCAGGAGUUUGUUUUUUCUUUGCCUUCUGACGAGGAUCCAAAAGAAAAAUCAGAAGCAAAAAAAGAAUUUUAUAAAAAGAAAGCAUUGAAUGACAGUGCAGCAUUCGUAUCAAAGUUUAUGACGUCUGACAAAACUCAAAUUCUUUUAACUCAGUCUCAGGAUCUUCAAGGAUAG